AUGAAUAAUUCAACAAAUAUAUAUAACUAUUCUAAUAAUGUUAUAAGUAGUCCUCGAGAGUCAUCUAUGUUAAGUAUAUCUUCCUCCCAGAAUUUCAAUAAUAAUUAUAAAUAUUCUAAUUCACAAAAUGAAAUGGUAAAUUUAAUUUUAGAAAAUUGUGUUUUGGAAUGGUUUCCCUUUUUAAAAGAUGAUAAAAAUAAUAAUAUGGAAAAAGAUUAUAAUUUAAAUAAUGAAAUUAUAAAAUUAAAAAAUUUCUAUAAAGGAGUAAAAUCAUCAGAAUUUCCUUUAAAAAAAUUAUAUAAAACAGACAGAAGUAUUUCAAACUUAAAUGAAGAUCAUGAUGAUGAGGAUAUAUUUUAUAAUAGUAAUAGUAUAUAUAUGAACAUUUUAAGUGAAAGUAAUACAAAAAAUGACGAAAAUGAAAUUUAUAUUAAUAAAUCUUUUAUUAAAGAUAAUGGAAAUGAAACCAAAAAUUAUAAAAUAGAUACAAAUGAAGAAAAUGAUUUAAGUGAGAAAUGUUGCUUUUAUGACUGCAUAACGGAACAGGAUAUUGAAAUUAAUAAUAAUUUGAAUACACAUGUAAGGAAAACUGAUAAGGGAGAUGAAAGAAGAGAAACAAUUAAAAUAGAAGAAUUUGAUAAAGUAAAUAACGAUGUUAAAGAAAAAAAAAAAUUAAAUUUUCAAAAAUUUAAAAAAGAAAUUGAAGAAAAAGCAGAUAAUGAUAAAAUUAAAAAAGAUUCAAAAAAAGAAGAAAAAGAAGAGCAAAAACAGUAUCAACAUUUAAUUCUAUUAAAACAAAAAGAGGACAGAGAGAAAAAUAAGAAAAGAAAAGAAAAAGAAGAAAGUGGAGAUGAAAGGGAAAAAGAAAAAUAUAAAACAGAAGAAAGAACUUCAUUUAAUAAUAGUAAUAUAUGUAUGAUUAAUGAUCCUAAAAGAAACAAAAAUAUAGAAGAAAAAAUUAAUAACAAAGAUAAUAUAAUAAGAAAUGAUAAUGAAAAUAAUGUAGAAAAUAAUUAUUCUAAUAUAGAAAAAUACAAAUUAACGAAUACAAGAAAAGAUAUGAAUACUAAUGAAUAUAAAAAAGAAACUUAUAUAAAUAACGAUCCAAUAAAUAAAGAAAGAAUACAAUAUCAAGAAUACGAUAAAAGAAGCAUUAGUUCUAUAAUUGAAGAAAUAAUAAAUAAAGAAUCAAAAGAAAAAAAUAUUACAAUGGAAUUAUAUGGAAAUAUUUAUUUAAGUAUUUGUAUGAAUGUUUUAAAAAAAGAUAUAGAUUAUUUCUUUUCUCCUUGCCAAUUAAAAAAUGAAAAACUUUUGUAUGAAAAAAAAAAAAUUAAAGAAAUUCUAAAGCUUUAUGAUAAGUUAUUUUAUAGUCAUUUUAAGUUUGUUCCAAAUAAAUUUUACAAAGAAACAUUAAGACCCAUUUAUUCAUAUUAUCAAAAUUUAAAAUGUAAUAUAGAAGGGAAUAUUUCAAAUUCUUCUUUUGAUUUAAAAUUAAAAAAAUCUUCUUCAUUUAAUAAUGAUAAUGAAAUUCAAACAAGAAUUAAUAAUAAAGAAUAUGAUGAUAUAAAAAGUAUUCAGAAAGGAAAUUCUAAUGAAUAUUCAAAUUUAGGUAGUUUUUCAAAUAUAAUAAAUGAUUCUCAUAUUAAAAAAAUACUACUAGAUGUUGAUGGAAAUAAAGAUAUUAGCUAUUUAGAAAAAGACUUUAAAUAUAUAUAUAAAGACUUAGUGAAACUAAAAAGUUUAUUAUUAAAAAAAAGACAUUACAAAAACAUUUUAUUUAAUUAUCAAAAAAAUUUUGUUCAUAUUAAUAAUAGAUGUGUUAAAACAUAUAGAGAUAUAUAUCCUGUAGAGAAAGAAUAUAAAAUAUAUACUCAAAUAAAAAAAGAAACAACAGAAAUAAUAAAUAGUAUUAAUACAAAUUAUAAAAAAUAUUAUUUAAAUUCGUAA